AAGUCCCUUUCAACUCUUUAGGGUAGGGAAGUGGUCUGAGGUAUCCAUAGCAGGAAUUAUUUAAUAGAAAUUUUCAGUCUUGGAGAUGGAGGGGACUUCCCGAACAAUCUAGUCCAAAUUUUUUGUUGCCAUGGAUCUCUUCUUUAAAUAAAAGCUUCAGAGAGCCCAAAGUCAAACCCUUAUGAAAGCAAGAUUGCUCUUGUUGAAAAAGUGGGGGAGGAGGGGAAAAGAAAUUUAAUUUAUAAAAUUAGAGAAUUUCAAAAGAGUAUCAUGGAAGAAAAUAUUUUUAUUUAUGUUUAUAUCAUAGGCUAAAGCAACAUUGAUCAGAAAAAAAUACAGAUUUUUUUAGUUCAAAUCUAAUAAUACAUUUAACUUAGAAGGAACUUUCGAUCUGUAGGGGCAUUUUCAUUGGGAGACAUGAGAACAGGGAUAUCUUUUAAUGACAUGUAUAUCUUUUAGUGACAAGCAAAGGAGACUUGGAUGAAAACUUUUAAGGGUUACAAGACUGUGCUGGGCUAACUUAAAACAAUGUGUCCUACAGUACCACCAGGUGGCGUCCGCGUUCGGCAUUUUGAGAAUGUCUGGAUUUCUUCCCGCGAGUCACAGGGCCUUGUGCCUUUUCAGGUUUAGAAAAUCUGAUUGGGCUUCACGCUCAAGAAAACACAGUUCUGUGGUUUAACCUCCUUCGCUCUCACUUUCAUUCCAACUGUCGAAGUGCGCUUAACAUCAGCAUUAUUAAGGAGUGUGAAGUUUUCAGAAAGGGGCAAGGGAAAAAAAAAAACUUCUCCAAACAUACUAAAGAAAAGGAAGAGUCUUUCAAGAAGUCUGGUGCAGGAGGAGGAAGGCUGGGCUUUUGAAACUUUAAUUCAGGGUUCACCACUGGAUGAGGAAGCACGGAGUCUCAAGUUUCCUCACUGGUAAAAAUGGCUCUUUGAGCUCUACUAUCUGUGGCAUGCUGAUGCAGGGAAGUUAGACAAACCCCAGCUUCAAUUCUCGAUCCCAGUUAUAACUUUAAAACAGCGAUAUCAUUUGGCAUGGUUACUGAGAUUAAAUAAUUUUCAUAAAUGCUAGUACUGUACGUAAAUGGUCUUCAUUAUUAUUGCCUUUUUUUGGGGGGGGGGAGAACCAGGGAUUGAGGGGCACUCGACCAGAGCCACAUCCCCAGCCAUAUUUUGUAUUUUAUUUAGAGACAGGGUCUCCCUGAGUGACUUAGGGCCUCGCUAAAUUGCUGAAACUGGCUUUGAAUUUAGAUCCUACAGCCUCAGCUUCCCAAGCCGCUGGGAUUACAGGCGUGCGCCACGACGCCCGGCUUUAUUACUGCCUUUUUAUGUCACCAUCUCCCUCCAGACGGCCACUCCAGCAGUUGGGAAGUCUAAACAAUACACAUAUACAUUUAGAAUUCAUAUAUAUUCAUGCAGGAGGUUUUAGCACUCCAGAUUGCAAAGUGCUACUUAAUUGCAGACUGUGAAGGCUGGCUGCACUUUGGAACAGAUACACAGGGUUUCACAAAUCUUCUGCCCGGGCCUUUCUUCCACCCCCUGUCGCGUGCCCCAACCUUGCGCGCAGCAGCCCAAGCUGGCAGCUCAGGACGCGUGCUUCUCGCCUUUAAUCACCAGCUACAGCGCUAGGGACACGGAGAAGCGCCCCGCCCCCGUGCGUCAGAGCGUAGUUGCGCAGAGGCGUUUCCCGGGGCGUGCCUCGGUUGCUAGGCGACCAUGCCGCUCCCCCUCCCGCCCUGGCGCUCCGUCUCCCUCCUCCCGGUCCUGGCUAGUCGCGAGCGAAGGCGCGCGGAGCUGCAGUGUCUGGCAGAGAAUCCCCGGGGAAGCGUCGCUCCCGGGAGGCAGCCUUCACAGCGCAGGUGGACGCGGCCCGCCGAGUCCGCCAACCGCCGCCCCUCCCCCCGCGGGGGGUCCCGAGCUCAAGAUGGGAGGCACUGCUCGCGGGCCGGGCCGGAAGGAUGCGGGUCCGCCCGGGGCCGGGCUCCCUCCCCAGCAGCGAAGAUUGGGGGAUGGUGUCUAUGAUACCUUCAUGAUGAUAGAUGAAACCAAGUGCCCACCCUGUUCUAAUGUACUCUGCAAUCCUUCUGAGCCGCCUCCACCCAGAAGACUGCAUAUCACUACUGAGCAUUUAACAAGAGAGCAUUCUCAGCACUUUAUGAAUGGAGGUGAGAUAAAAGUAGAACAGUUGUUUCAAGAAUUUGGUAGCAGCAAAUCUGGUACUCUUCAGUCAGAUGGCAUCACCGACUCUGAAAAAUGCUCUCCAAUUGUUUCUCAAGGGAAAAGUUCAGAUAGCUUAAAUAUAAUUAAAUCCAGCAGUUCAUCCAAAGCACCCAAAGUGGUACCUCUGACCCCUGAGCAAGCGCUGAAGCAGUACAAACAUCACCUCACUGCUUAUGAGAAGCUGGAAAUCAUCAAUUACCCAGAAAUUUAUUUUGUUGGUCCAAAUGCCAAGAAAAGACAUGGAGUUGUUGGUGGUCCCAAUAAUGGGGGAUAUGAUGAUGCUGAUGGGGCCUAUAUUCAUGUCCCUCGAGACCAUCUAGCUUAUCGGUAUGAGGUGCUGAAAAUUAUUGGCAAGGGGAGUUUUGGGCAAGUAGCUCGGGUCUAUGAUCACAAACUUCGACAGUAUGUGGCCCUGAAAAUGGUGCGCAAUGAAAAGCGCUUUCAUCGUCAAGCAGCUGAGGAGAUCCGGAUUUUAGAGCAUCUUAAAAAACAGGAUAAAACUGGUAGCAUGAAUGUUAUCCACAUGUUGGAAAGUUUCACGUUCCGGAACCAUGUUUGCAUGGCCUUUGAAUUGCUGAGCAUAGACCUUUAUGAGCUAAUUAAAAAAAAUAAGUUUCAAGGCUUUAGUGUCCAGUUGGUACGCAAAUUUGCCCAAUCUAUCUUGCAAUCCUUGGAUGCUCUUCACAAAAAUAAGAUCAUUCACUGUGACCUGAAACCAGAAAACAUUCUUCUGAAACACCACGGGCGCAGUGCAACUAAAGUCAUUGACUUUGGGUCCAGUUGUUUUGAGUACCAGAAACUUUACACAUAUAUCCAGUCUCGUUUCUACAGAGCUCCAGAGAUCAUCUUAGGGUGCCGCUACAGCACGCCUAUUGACAUAUGGAGUUUUGGCUGCAUCCUUGCAGAACUUUUAACAGGACAGCCUCUGUUCCCUGGAGAGGAUGAAGGAGAUCAGUUGGCUUGCAUGAUGGAGCUUCUAGGAAUGCCACCACCAAAACUUUUAGAGCAAUCCAAACGUGCCAAGUACUUUAUUAACUCUAAGGGCCUACCUCGCUACUGCUCUGUGACUACUCAGGCAGAUGGGAGGGUUGUACUUGUGGGGGGUCGCUCACGUAGGGGUAAAAAGCGGGGUCCCCCAGGCAGCAGAGACUGGGGGACAGCACUGAAAGGGUGUGAUGACUACUUGUUUAUAGAAUUCCUGAAAAGAUGUCUUCAUUGGGACCCCUCUGCCCGCCUGACCCCAGCUCAAGCAUUAAGACACCCCUGGAUUAGCAAGUCUGUGCCCAGACCUCUCACCAUUGAAAAGGUGUCAGGGAAACGAGUAGUUAAUCCUACAAAUGCUUUCCAGGGACUGGGUUCCAAGCUGCCUCCAGUUGUUGGAAUUGCCAGUAAGCUUAAAGCUAACUUAAUGUCAGAAACCAGUGGUGGUAUACCUCUGUGCAGCGUGUUGCCAAAACUGAUUAGCUAACGGACAGUUCAGAGAUGCAUAUGUAUGUAUUUUAAUACUUUGCAAACCUGCAAAUGGAAAACAGUGUAAGCCUGUUGGUGGAUAUGUUUUUGUUAGACUAGACUUCUUUUUUUUUUAACAAGACAAAACAUUUUUAUAUGACUAUAAAAGAACUCUUCAAGGGCUAAUUACCUAACCAGCUUGUAUUGGCCAUCUGGAAUAUACAUUAAAUGACUUUUUAUAGGUCAAUGCAUCUUUCUUAUUAUCAUCAGAUGUACUUCAACCUUGUAUAUUUUAUUGGGUUUGAAUCUCUUUCUUCCAAGAUGGAUGGGAUACCAAAAAUAUAUGCUCACUACUCCUAUCUCCCUCAGCAUCUCUUUUGGAGGGAUAAUUGGGAAGUUGUGGUAGUUGUAGAGGAGAUGCAAAGCUAGAUCUCUUGCUCCAGCAGGCCAUUCUGUGGGCUUAUUCUAAGUGAAGGGGCUCACAGCAGAAUAUGAGGUGAGGGAGCACCUCAAAGCUAUUGGUCACCUGUACAAUUGAUGUCACUGUUUUUCACUUCCCAUUAUGCACAGUAUUUUUUAUUUAUGUUAUUAUUGCUAUUAUUUUGCCUCAGCUUUGUUCCUGGACACUUACAGACGUCUCACCACCUUACCAAAAAACCUUGUAGGUUACUGCUGGGGUUUGAAUAAGUCUUCCCCAAAGGCCUGUGUAUUGAAGGCUUGCUUGGUCCCGGCCCUCAGUUCUCUUGGGAUGUAUAGAACCUUUAAGAAGUGGGUCCUAGUGGAAGGUUUUCAAGUCCAUUGGGCACUUGACCUUGAAGGGAAUUGUGGGACCCUUGUUUCUUUCUCUUUCUCUUUGAUUCUCAGGCAUUAGGUGAACGGCUUUGCUCUGCCACCACAAUGUUAUUCCCACCACAAUGGCCACUGCAGACCCAAAGCAAUGAGGCCAAUUGGUCAUGGAGUGGAACCUUCAAACUGUGAGCCAAAAUAAACCUUUUCUCUUUAUAAAAAAUUGAUUUAUCUCAGGUAUUUGUUAUAGUAAUAGAAAGCUGACUCACACAGGGCCCCAUUUUAACACCAAGUCAUAAACAUUAUUUCUCCCCCAUCUCCAAGGAAGAUAAAGCAACUUCUUUGCCCUCAGCUACCUCCAAAUGUUAAAGGUAGAAUCAGCAUGAAAACUGCAAUUUCCUAACUCCUUGGUCAUCUGUGGUCUAGCUGCUUGCUGGAUUUUUGUGGAUUCCUGUCCUUGUGAAACAGACCUCUGUUAGGUAAACUCGCUACGGUUUAAAUGUUUUCCUUCUCUCUUUCCAGCCACGUACCACCUUUAUAUGCCACAUUUUUCCACUUUCAUUUUGAGCUGGGCACCUUCCUAGAUUCUGAGCAGACUUCAGUUAUAUGAUGAAAAUUGUUUAAAAAAUCCAGAAACUUUGAUAAGGCAGUUUCCCCUUUGUUUCUCCUAAUUGCAUAUUCUUCAACAGGCUUUCUUUUUCUCUGCUAAGAUUGAAAGUUAAACAGUGAAGGCUGGUAAUACAACUAAUUGCUGGCCAAAUGGCUUACUGGACUCGGAGAGCUUGUUGGAAGGUUCUAGCAGAAGAGCACAGCUACUCAUAUACCCUUGACUGAAUAAAGGUCUUCCUCUAUCAAGGAACUUUGUCCUCUUUGAGCACACAGCUUUGGGAGAGAUGCUGAUAACCUUUCCCCAAAAAGAAAGAUAUAAGAGAUUGAACAGGUCAACUUAAAGAAGACAUGAGCACAGUAGAUUUCUGGAGCGGUGAGAGAGGACGAGGACAUCUGCCUAGCCAGCCAGAUCAGCUGAGUCAAUGGGGUUACAGAUUUCGCAGCCAGAUCACCCUAAAAUCCCUGAAUGGCUUUCUGGAAAGGUGGAGAACUAAAUAACUCUCUCAGUGCUACUGAUUAUUUUUAUUUUUAUUUUUCCUGUUCAUUCCUCUACUUCUGUGCUCCUCAAGAAUGAAAGUAUCUCCAAGUUCUGUCCUCAGUGUGUGUUCUUUGAGCAUAACAGUUCUCAGAAUGACCUCAUUCAGUUUUUAUUCUAGAAUCUAGUAUCCGAAAACUCCAUGAGAUUGGAAGGAGGCUUCUUUAUUGGAUGACACAGUAACCAGAGGGGAAGAAAAAAUAGCUAUGGGCACAUUAUUUAAGGAACUUUGACCUUAGCCACAUUAUUCCUGGCUGUUUCAAUGCAGAUGUGGACAGUGAGAACAGAGACCUCAGACUCUUCCAAAGAAGGAAGUCUUGAUACUUUUGGUGACUGAAGAGCUGGAUUAUUUAAAAACCUUAAUGAUCAUGUUUACUCCUGGUUUACAGAAGGCAAAGGAAUAGACAACUCCUUUAGAGCCUUCUAACUUCUGCUGAAUUCUCUAACUUGCUGGAGAAGUUGGAGAGUCUCCCGCAUUAUCUAGGCAGAGCAUAUGUUGAGGUUGUUUUGCUCAGUGUUAUCAGAGUGGGAGACCUGCUCUCACAAACAGCUAAAAGGAUUGCUGCCCCAAAUGACGCACAGUAGAUUUCUGUGUUGGAGUUUCUGUGAGCAAUCUCCAUGGUUAGCCAAUGCUGCACCUGAACUUGGGAGAGAAAGGAGCCUCUAUCUGAGACUGGCAUGUGCUCCAUUCUGUGUAGUGAAUGGACUGUGAGGUCACUGAAACUGAGCGGAGGUGAAAGGAUAUAGACAGCCUAUGACACUGUAGAGAAAUUCUAAAAGAUCUGGAAAGGUGAAUGUAUGUGCUUUGGCCUAAAUUUGGCAACCAGGAGAGUGAUGCAGAGCAGAGUCAUUCAAGUUGGCAUGCCUGCCUUCUGCGGGUGGGUUCAAGUUUGGGGAGAGUGGGCUGAUUUAAAAUUUGGUGCUGGCUGUGCAGAUAGAUUUGAGGAGAUUUACGGGUGUGUUAAGUUCAGAACAAGUUGUGGUUUUAGAGGCUGUCACCCUGUGCCCUCUUUUAAAUGUUCACUUGAAUCUCUGCUCAGCCCUAGCAGUGACUGACUGAAUUGGACCAAAGUUCAUGCCGACAUUCAUGCUGUGGCUUACAGUGAGUGACCAGAUUGUUCUUUAGUUGCUAUUGUUCUAGCCAUGUCAGUUAAACAGAUCAAGUGGGUUGACUUACUGAUUUCCAAAAUGGCAAAAUCAACUGAAUUUACAAAUUGUUGUUUACAUAGUAGAAAAGUUAGAUCAGAAUUUUUGUUUUAUUUCAUUUUUAAAAUAAUUUUUUUUUCUUUCAACCUGGGAACUUGGCUAAUCCAGUUAAUACCUGCUCAUAUUAUUACACUGUAUUCCAUCUUCUACCCCCAGUGAUUCAUCUGUUUAUUCCUGUGCUUUCAUGAUUUCUUCUUUAAGAAUGGACAGGCCUAUGUUCUUAUGAUAUUCUGAAUUAACAUAUUUUUUCCUUUUUUUAUGGUACUGGGGAUUGAUCCCACAGCUUGGCACAUGCUAGGGAUGCGCUCUGCUGCUCUUACCAAGCAGCAGAAGGGUGCCUGUUGAUAAUGUGCAGAUCAUGAAAGCUCAUUUCCUUCAUGUACAAGGAGCAUGCUCACGUCUUCUUUAAGUUGACCUGUACAAUCUCUUAUAUCUUUCUUUUUGGGGAAAGUUUAUCAGCUAAGGGUAACAUGAGGCCACUUUCUUCUGGUCCAAGAGCAGACACAAUUACCUUGGAAACAAUGAAAAGAAAAAUGCAGCCAUAACUUGUGAUGAAGGAUUCUGCUUCUGUCCCACAGUGGGUUCUGUGAAAGAAGAGAGUUUAGGCAAGACCUUCUUUCCAAGAAGAAAUUGACUUAAACCAUAUUUGCAUACUUUCUUCUUAGGUGUCAAAGGGUGUUUGGGGUAAAUAGGGUAACUGGCUAAUGCAGCAUGUUAGUUUUAUAAUAUUUAAUCUGUUAAGAAAGGGCUUUAUUGCAUGGUCAGAAACCAGAAAAUUAAAUAACAAAUUUCAACCAUGAAACAGUUUCAUUCUGUAGCAACUGGUUAUGUUAAAAUACCUUUGAUUUUUGUCUAAUUCCCAACUAGACAUAAUUAAAUGCUAAAUUUUAGGUAGCAGCUGAUAAAUGGUUGUAAGCUUUCCAGACAGAGCACUCCUAUUGUUUUAAUGAAUCAUGGAAAACUUUGUCAUUUAUUUUUAAUUCUUUUUUUUUGCAUCUAUUAUUUGAUGUCAUCAGCAUGAGCACGGAAGUUGGAAAGGUGACAAUGAUUGUUCUAGACAGCCUCCAUAUGCUUUUUCUCAUCUGUGAAUUAAGGAUAAGUACUUAUCCUUGAACUAGGCAGGAUUGCCAGCAAAUGUCUUCCUCUGCCUCUUCAGACUCACCGGACAUGAUGAGUCUAUAUACACUGCCUAUACAUAGAGCAACUGCAGACAGCUGUGAUAUGGAAAACUGGAGCCCACAUAAAUAAGAAGUAAGAAAAGGCCAGGGCUUGGCAAGUCAAGGAAGAAUUGUCCUCUGCCAGAGAUCAACCUCCUAAUUUUAAAUCAUGUUUUCAUUAUCCUCAUUUCAUCAUGUCCCUCUUUCAAUUUCAAUCUAUACUUCCUGAAGCCCAAGAAUUUAAAAGAACUUCUGGGCUUGAUGAAGGGUAACCCUUUCCAAGUGUCUGUUGAAUUAGGCCUGCUGAUUUUAAUGAGAAAAUUUUUUGAGUAUCACAGUGAACCCAUCCAUGUAAGGACUAAAAGCUCGCUGGUUCCUGAGAUCCAUAACUCCUGAGAUAAACCAGAGCCACAAAUAUAUUGUCUAGACUUUGACAGAGCUGGAUAUACUUCUUAAUAUAGCUCACCCACUGCUAAGUUGAGCCAAAGCUCUGAUAUUUUUCUAUAACAGGAGAAGCCUGCCUGACGAGAGACUAGAAAGAUUCUUACCUCCUCUGCCACCACACAAAUAGACUAAAGAGAAAGCAGAGCCCCAGAUAAGGCCAAAUGGUGACCUGUGGCUAUUUCAGCUCAGAAUGUCAGCCUCCAAACCAUUAGGUUUAAGUCAUUUUGGUGUCAUGGGAUUCUAUCAUUGUUCAUUUGAGCCUGCUGACACGCUUCCUCUGGAAAGUGCGGCUUAGCAUGGAUGAGUCAGUGUUUUGUUUUGUUUCUUCUUAUUUCAGGAUGUUUGUUUUUAAAAAAUAUAUAAAGGAAUUGUUGUGAGAAUUUUUUUAGCAUCUUGUGAUUGCUUCACAGCCAAGGCAUAGAGCCAUUUCAGCAGGACCUGAGUGCCACACGCUGAAGCCACCCUGUCCCUGAAGCAGGGUGAGAACCAGUCACUCUGGAUAAUUUGGGCUGUGCUGCAGGUACAGACUCUCUGACUUGAUGGGAUGAUGAAGAAAGAACAGUGCUCAACAAAGGCAGUGCUGGGGUGGGGCAGGGAGCAGAGGAGAAGCAGUCUUGCCAGGACUAGGCCAGUGUUCCUUUUAGUGUCCAGAGCUGCUGUCACUAGGCUGGUUUGUGAGCUGUGGCAUUGCUGAGGACAGGAAACUGAGGAAAUGUGUAGAAUUCAGGGAUGAACACCUUCUUGGGAACCCUGGCUGUCAGCAGUCCAUCAGGAAGCCUCACAUAGACUCUCUGGGGUCCAAGCUUGGUUUAGGGAUAAAGCCUCACAAACAGCUUCCUGGAGUACAAUUUAUUUGGGAAGUUUAAGUGUUUUUUAAGGCUCCUGCCUUGGCCUGUGGUAGAACUGAGUAAAUGGAAGGAGAGAGGGAACAAUGUGCUUAGGGGCCUUUGGGCUUCUCUGCUCCAGCCUCUUCUGAUCUGGCCCUGGGCCAUUAUUGCCCUGGCAACAGGAGCUAAUUGGACACUGAACUCAGGGACUGCCUUCUGCCAUCCCUGAAUUGCCCCCCAGGUUCUUGAACAGGCUUUCUGCCUUACAGGAGCUUGGCCAAAGCUAGAAAUGGGCCUUCCCAUAUUCGUAGGAAGCAACUGCAUGUUGGGUAAACUGACUGCUGCUGGUGGAACUAUAAGGCAGGCAGAAUUUAAAAGAAUAUCUAGCCCUCAAUACAGAUGUUAAAAUUAACCCAUGAUCAAGUACACAGCACUGCCAUGACAUUUUUUGCCAUUUAAGACAAAAAACUAUCAGGUUAAAAAAGGCAGUGAAAAGUGCAGUGCUAUAAGAAGGAAUUUGUCAGUCCAAAGGCAAAAAUCGUGAAGUGACUACAGCCUGACCAUGCUGUGAUGCUGACUAAAGACCAAACUUGACCUUACCAUAGCAUAGGCACAGUUUGACAGGUUGGCUUUGUUUUGCAGAGGUCACCUGGCCUACCUUUGCAUCUUUGCUGCUGGUGAACUGAUGUGGAACAGACCCAGGACACCCAGUCUGAACACCGCAGAGGGCGGAGCCCUGGCCCAAGCCCAAUUCACCUCUGCUCUUCUUGAAGCAAAUUCAUACAUGCCUGGUGACGCAUUUAUUCUUACAACAGUGACUUAUGGAGCAUGUUUUAUGUGCCAAGGGAGUACUCCAGUGGUGUUUUUGGAGGUCAGGGAGCAUGGACAGCAUUGUAGACCACAGGUUCAGAAUUUAACAAAAGCUGGGCAAAUGGGUUUAGGGGAAAUUGCCAAGAAGUGACCUACAGGCUGUUCUGAUUUUAAAAUUUGUAUAAAUCUGCAAGUAAGUCAGGUGGAAAAGGGGGAUGGUUUCGAGAGAAUGUUCUGAGUGUGCAGUACAUUCCGGGUUGGGUUCUGAGCUGAAGGGGGAGGAAGAUGGCAGGACUGAGAGCUGAGGUAGACAUGCCAUCCUCUGCUUGGCUCCACUCCCUGUUGCUGACCUUGGAGGGGAGAUAGGCUUCCUCUGAGGUUUCUCUCACCUGGAUUCGGAGCAGGAGUUUGACGUUGCUGCUCCCUCACCAAACUGAUUCUGUCCUCAAUUAGCCAUUGAAAGCAACCAAUAAAGAGGAAUUAACAGUA